CGUCAUUGAAACGAUUCACCGAAUGAAUAAACAGCUUGGAGAAUUCCCAUCCAAUUGAUGAUCGUUAGUGGCACGAUUGUGAUCGUCAAAAUGGUACGAAUAUUCCUAGCUGUUCUGGCGAGUUUCUUUUCGGUCCAUGGAAUUCCCAAAAAUGCAAAAUACACGUUCAAACCAGAGGAGAGAUUCACGUUUGAUUGCUUCAAACAAGCCUAUAGCUUGGCACCAGAAUUGAAUUCAGUUCUGUCUCCGGUUUCGAUGAGGCAAGCUCUAUCGAUGAUACUUCCUGCGGCUAACCGGGAAGCUUCAGAAUCAAUGCGACAGGUACUAGGAUUGUCUAGUUCUUUGCACGACGAUUCUUCGCAGCCGCAAAGUUCAAUCCUAAACGGUUCUGAGAACGGAACGUUGACCCUUGUAUCCCAAUUGUUCUACGAUGAAAGCGUUGAGAUUCGCAGACCGAUCCUAGAAUCAAUGAAGUUGACCCACAACGUGAUACCGGAAGCCAUCAACUUUCAACAUCGUAACCAGGUGGCCAAUUUGGUGAACAUCUGGGCCAAAAAUGCAACCAACGGAGCGAUCCAGAAGGUCAUUGACCCGACUGAAAUUGGAACUCAAGACGGUUUGUUGCUUCUGAACGCCAUCUUUAUGAACGCGACCUGGGCGGAUGAAUUCGAGUCAAGAUUUACCGUCAGGAGGACUUUCCAUUUUGUCAAUGGCAAGAGUCGGAUGGACUUGAUGUUCAAUGAGGGCUACUAUCGCUAUGGGCUGUUCCGGAGAACCAGGGUGAUCGAGAUUCCCUAUCGGGACGAUCUUUCAAUGGUUGUAAUUGUACCGAAAAAAGGCCUGCCUCUGAGUCAUGUGAUCGAUAAGCUCAGUGAUCAAUACUACUACAAGCUAGAGAAACGCCUCAGCCUUGAAUACGUCGAACUUUGGCUGCCAAAGUUCUCGAUCGACGGAAAUGUCGACGGUAAUGCGGUGCUCCAAGCCUUAGGGCUGAACGCAAUUUUCCAGGAAGGUGCCUUCGAUUUCAGUCCAAAACUAACGCCGGUUUUGGAAACGGUUAAGCAAUGUGCUCGCAUCGAUGUGACCGAAAAGGGGACUAUAGCGGCCGCUGUUACUGCUAUGAAGAUGUCGUUCCGGAUGGAGCCACCCAGUGCUAUUCUGUUUACCAUCAAUCGUCCCUUCAUUUAUAUAAUCAGGAAAACAUCUACCAGACAGAUUAUUUUCAUAGGACAUUUUUCGCAUCAGCAGAGCAUCGAAAAAUGAUUUUAUGAGUGCUAACUAAUGCUCCCACCUAGUUUAAAUUCGUUUUAAAAGGAUAUUGUUAGAAUUUCGUGGUUGUCUGCAAAUAAUAAUGAAAACACACCAUACAGUUGUUCAC